AUGGACCAAAUACCCUUUCUUUACAGCAAUCGAUUGCUUGUCCUGUCUAUCAUUUCCGGGAUUUUCUUCGUUCUAAUAGCAUUGAUUCGUCGGGAUCGCAGACUAGACUCCAUCCCAGGGCCUAAAACGUACCCGCUAUUCGGCGUGGGCUACAAACUCCCUGCUAAAGCGCCUGCGUUAUUCCGCAAAUGGGCCCAGGAACAUGGCGAAGUUUUCAAAAUCCGUGUCGGUUGGUACAACUGGGUCGUGAUCAACACCCCUGAGGCAGUACGGGAGAUUCUCGAGAAGCAAGCUGUCAAGACUUCCUCUAAGGCGCCUUCUCCGAUGGGCCACGACAUAGUCACCGGUGGUAAGCGCAUGCCAACUAUGCCUUACGGACCGCAUUGGCGGGCGCAGCGAUCAGUGGUGCGCCAAGUCACAACUGUCCCCAUGACGGCAACAUUCGUGCCCAGCCAAGAAUUCGAGACAAAACAGUUGCUUUUCGACCUUGCAAUGGACAACGACAACCAGCGAAACUUUUAUCAGCAUAUGCGGAGGUAUGCGUUUAGCAUUAUCAUGACCAACACAUUCGGUACGCGUGUGAAGAACUGGGAUCAUCCCGAUGCGCAGAAUGCAGUGCGCAGUCAAGCGGUGCUGCGACGAACCUCAAGGCCCGGCGCCUUCCUGGUUGAUGAGUUUCCACCAUUGGCUCUUCUGCCAAAGUGGCUUCAGCCUGGACGAAAGGAUGCGAUCGAAGCAGCCAAGGAGGUCCUUGGUAUCAAGAUGGGGUUAUGGCGCCGGCUGGAAAACCAGUUCGAGACUGGGAAAGCACCUCACUGUUUUGCACGAAGCAUCAUCGAAAACAAAGAUUACUGGUACAAUCAGGGUCUUAAUGACGAGGAUCUCGCCUGGGUUGCUGGUGGUCUUGUUGAGGCUGGUUUCGAAACAUCCGCUGCGACUUUGAACAGUCUUGUUCUUCACCUUGCUGCGAGUCCGCGUGCGCAAAAAGCCGCUCACGAUGAGCUAAUGAGAGUGGUUGGGCCAAAUCGUCUUCCUAAAUUUGAGGACAUGCCUAGCCUCCCUUAUAUUCGCGCCUGCGUGAAGGAGAUGCUUCGCAUGAACCCCAUCCUCGCCCCAGGUAUCCGUCACUACGCAGAUCAGGACGUCGUGUACAAAAACUAUGUCAUUCCCAAGGGAACCGUGCUUCUUGCCAAUACAGCAUUCCUACACUAUGAUCCGACACGAUUCGAAAAGCCUUUCGAAUUCAUGCCGGAGCGCUUCCUCGAGCAUAAGAUGUACAGCUCUGAGUAUGCAGCUAUGAGCGACCCGUACAAGCGAGAUCAUUUUACCUUCAGCACGGGUAGACGAACAUGUCCCGGUGCUCGUCUCGCGGAGAGCUCGCUCGACAUAGCCCUCAGUGGCAUGUUAUGGGCUUUUGACAUUCGACCGCCAGUGGUGGACGGAGUUGAAGUAGAUAUGGACUUAAGUGAUAAUGCGUAUCCCGAUGGUGGAUUCACCAUUCCCAAGCCCUUUGCUGCCAGAUUUGUGCCCAGGAGCGCAGAGAGGCUUGAAAUUGUCAAGAAGCAGUGGCAGGUUGCGAUGCAAGAAGGAUACGAAUUGCGUGGUAUUCCGGUUGAUGUUGAUGGAAUGGUUCAACAAUGA